AUGGUCGAUGAUAAGUAUAUAGGCUUGGCUCUAGCCAUGUCCUCCUCUUUGGCAAUCGGAACGUCUUUCAUCAUCACCAAAAAAGGUCUCAUGGACACCUCCAACCGUACUGGCGGUGAUAACUCCACCGGGCAUCAGUACCUACAAAACCCCAUCUGGUGGGCAGGCAUUGCGACAAUGGCCAUUGGUGAAAUUGCAAACUUCGCUGCCUACACGUUCGCGCCUGCCAUUUUGGUCACUCCGUUGGGCGCUCUUUCUGUUAUCAUUGGUGCUGUUCUCGCGUCCAUCUUCUUGAAGGAGGAGCUUGGAGUUUUGGGGAAGAUGGGCUGUGCCAUCUGCUUGAUGGGCUCGGUCAUCAUUGUGCUCCAUGCGCCCCCAGACAAGGAUAUCCAGACGGUGGAUGAGAUUUUGGAGUAUGCCACAAGACCUGCGUUUUUGUUCUACGCGUUUUUGGUGACCAUCUAUGCCCUUUUCAUGAUCUACAAAAUAGUGCCCAAGUACGGCCACACAAACCCUAUGAUCUACAUCUCGAUUUGUUCCAGUGUGGGCUCCAUCUCUGUGAUGUCCAUUAAGGCUUUUGGUAUUGCUUUGAAGUUGACUUUUGCCGGUAACAAUCAGCUCACUCACGCCUCGACGUACGUGUUCAUCGUGAUCGUCAUUGUGUGCAUCAUCACCCAAAUGAACUAUUUUAACAAGGCCUUGGAUCAGUUCGAUACCUCUAUCGUCAACCCAUUAUACUACGUCACCUUCACGACCUUCACUCUUGCAGCCUCAUUCAUUCUUUUCCAAGGGUUCAACACCGCUUCCGCCGUCAACAUCAUCUCGCUUUUGAUCGGAUUCCUCAUCAUUUUCUCCGGUGUGUAUUUGCUCAACAUUUCCAGAUCUACCGAGGACAACGGUGGUAGCGACAGAGAGAUUUUCGGCGUGCACACCAGUAAAGAUAUGGCACCUAUGGACAACGGUGUCGGAGGCUUUUCAUCCAUGAGAAGGUCAAUGCAAAUUUCUCGUAAUGACUACGAUGCCGAAGAAACCGUCGGGUUGCGUAGGUUUGACUCCUUCGAGUUGUCUGAUGACGAAAGUUCCCACCACAGACGUUAA